AUGUUUUAUUGCCACAAAGACUGUCAACUCAAGGAUUGGCAAAGUGGUCAUAAAUAUGAGUGUAAAGUCUUCAGAGGUAACAGAUAUUGCACAAAGAGCUCAUCAGACACUCAAAGAUUGUUACAUCGACUCUGGCUUUGCAUCAAAUCUGAUGAAUCCUUUACCACACAAACUAUUCAACUCUUUGACGGAUCAGUUGUCUGUCUGAAUGACAUGGAAGUGGAUGUCAGCCUAAUAUCUGAAGCCAAGGAAUGUAUGGAAGAGUUUGAGAUGAUUUGCGAUAGUUUUGAAUACUUUGGACACGAGUUAUAUCGUAAAGAAAUGUUGCGAUGGUUUGCGUUGAUUAAGAGGAACACCAGAUGUCUUAACACUGAACCGCAAAUCUUCGGCGACUUUCAGCCAAAGUGUUCACUCGAUUCCGCAUUAUAUUUGUGUCUUUACCCGCAGUUGUCAUCUGUGGGUCACUCCUGCUGUCCAAACAGUGCUCUCGUAGACAAUGGUUUUAAACUACAAUUACGAGCCGUUAAACCGAUUUCAACGACAGAUGAGAUUACGAUUAGUUUUAUUGAUUUGAUUAACGAUAAGACUGACCGCAAAGAACUGCUUAAGAAGUACUUCAUUGUCUGCAAGUGUGAGAAAUGUGAACACAUUCUCGAUUAAGAAGUGGAUUAUGAAUACAUUAAGGCAACGGUAGAUAUAUUGUAAUGCGAAGACUUCCUAUUUCUUCCCGAUUCACACCACAAGAUAUUUGCAUUUCUAACCAAAGUUAUGCCACAUUUGGAUAUCAUUUACGGAC